CUAUUGGGCAGCCCUGGAGACGUCCCUCGUGCCCAUCUUCGGUAGCAUCGCGUACGGUACGCGAGCGUUAUAUCUGGCUUCGCAGCGCUUGCGGGCCUCAGCCGUUCCGCAGCUACCUACUCAUCCGCAACUCACCCUCACGCGAUAAUAAAAUAGCAAAAUGUGUGACGACGAAGUAGCCGCCCUUGUUGUAGACAAUGGAUCUGGUAUGUGUAAGGCCGGAUUCGCGGGAGAUGACGCACCUCGUGCCGUCUUCCCAUCGAUCGUUGGUCGACCUCGUCACCAGGGUGUGAUGGUUGGCAUGGGUCAAAAAGACAGCUACGUUGGCGACGAAGCGCAAAGCAAAAGGGGUAUCCUUACUCUAAAGUAUCCUAUAGAGCACGGUAUCAUCACCAAUUGGGAUGACAUGGAGAAAAUCUGGCAUCACACCUUCUACAACGAACUUCGCGUCGCUCCAGAGGAACAUCCCGUUCUCCUUACCGAAGCUCCGCUCAAUCCUAAGGCUAAUCGCGAAAAAAUGACACAAAUUAUGUUCGAAACCUUCAAUAGCCCAGCCAUGUACGUUGCCAUUCAGGCAGUUCUUUCCCUGUACGCCUCCGGUCGUACCACGGGUAUCGUAUUGGACUCUGGCGAUGGUGUAUCUCAUACCGUCCCUAUCUACGAAGGUUAUGCUCUUCCUCAUGCCAUCUUACGUUUGGACUUGGCCGGUCGUGAUCUAACCGACUAUCUCAUGAAGAUCCUAACCGAAAGGGGAUACUCAUUUACAACCACGGCCGAGCGAGAAAUCGUUCGUGACAUCAAGGAGAAGCUUUGCUAUGUUGCAUUGGACUUUGAACAAGAAAUGGCGACCGCAGCUGCCAGUACUUCUCUUGAAAAGAGCUAUGAACUGCCCGACGGACAGGUCAUUACUAUCGGCAACGAGAGGUUCCGUUGCCCAGAAGCACUUUUCCAACCUUCCUUUUUGGGUAUGGAAUCCUGUGGUAUUCACGAAACUGUCUACAACUCCAUAAUGAAGUGCGACGUCGACAUUCGUAAGGAUCUCUACGCCAACAACGUUCUGUCUGGUGGUACCACCAUGUAUCCUGGUAUCGCCGAUCGUAUGCAGAAGGAAAUCACUGCCCUCGCACCCUCGACUAUCAAGAUCAAGAUCAUAGCACCUCCCGAGAGGAAAUACUCCGUAUGGAUCGGUGGUUCCAUCCUUGCUUCCUUAUCCACCUUCCAACAGAUGUGGAUCUCGAAGCAGGAGUACGACGAGUCCGGUCCUGGUAUUGUCCACCGCAAGUGCUUUUAGAUCCAUUAUUAAACAGUGUCAGAAAUGCGACACAGAUUUUGAAGAAUUAACGUCUUGGUUGCGUCUAGGAGUAUUGUUGAGAAUGAUGAUCAUAUUUAUACGAACAAUUGUGCUACUACAAAAGAAAAUCAUUGACACAUCAGCAUUCGACUUUUCAUUAUCAAAUUAUAUAUUUUCUUGGGAUUUCUUUUUCAAAUAUCCUAUUCAAUCUAUUUUAAGUUCGUAACUUUUUGCAAGAAGGAAAGUCGAAGGGAACAUUAUCACAUCAAAUGUCAGUGUAAUCAAAGAUUUCCAAAGAUAAUCAUUUUAUUAAUAUGAACUUUGGAAGGAGCCACGCUUAGUUGACCAUUACAUUACCAUUAAGAUUGUUUACUAUCUUAAUGUCAAUUAUAUUGCCUGUAAUCGUACAAUUAAGUUCAUGUUCAUUCUAUCUUGGUUAUUAACGAAGCAAGGCUUCUAAAGUGCAUCUGAAUAUAUUAUAAUUUACAUUGUAAAUAUUAUAUACUAAAUCAUUGUUGCAUUGUUAUACAAUUGACAAACCAUGUCAAAUAUAAACCUAAAUAUAAAUUUCACACGA